GCGCCACAUAAUGAGAAUCGCCACAACGUCAAACAAAUCGAUAACUCGAAUUCAUCUUCCUAGGUAGCAAGCCCAUGGUGUGGUGUGGCGGAUACAUUUCAUGAGAAGGGCUCCGCUCGCUGUCGCCAACGGCUGGGCGAAUAUCAGGACCUGCGAAAUGGAACAAAAUGAACAAAACAACAACACAACAGGACAAGUAAGGAGAACAGCAGGAAUUAAUGCAGAGCCCACAGCCCAAGCGAUGGUUGUUUGAAGAAACCCGGCUCGAUACCGAAGUGCGGCAGUUUUUGUUCGACGAUGUCAGCCCCAGCGGCCUGCGCUAAAUAAGCCGCAUCUGCAACAACCUCCCAUCUUCUUUGCUCCUUGGGCUCAAACUUCUUCAACCUCACCUCCUUAACGCUACUCUCAGGGAAUGCAUCGUCAGCAUCCAGAACUUUGAGAGUCUUCACUAACUACUAGUUUAAUCGGACCCCGGCGGGGACGUACCUUCAUUUUCCAAAAUGGAACCACUCUCCUUUUGGCGGCUUAUGGUGGGUAUUUUUAUCCCUUGCAGCUGGCCCCCGUCUGUCCUGCGACAGCUUGGAUGUCAAGAUAGUUUCACUCUACCACUCUCGCUUCAUGCGUUCGAUAUGCGUUCUCCGUAUCGAUCCUUCAUAUAGCCAGCUUGGCAGCUGUGAUACAGCUAUGCAUUUCCUGUUUUUCCCGUCCAAAUGUGUUUUCUCCUUUUGCAUUUCAAUUAUUUCAAUUUCUCCUUCUCUUCCUUUCUCCUCUUGCAUUGCCAUUCUCCCUCCCUCAAUAGUCUUCGUGUUUUGAUUGUCCAUAUGGUCGUUUUGAGGGAUUGCACUCUUUUCUCACCCCCCGUCCUCCCUCCAUAUAGAGAGAAAUAUCAAACCAUUCAUUUUUUGAAAUAAUUCCACGUUGAUCGUGGAAGAUUCUUCACAUAUCUCUUGUCUUAUUACAUUCUUUAUUUUUGAGGCAGCGGGCCCUACUUUUACAUACAUUUUGCGGCACGUCACAUUCCGGGAAUCUACUUAACUUCCUUUUCGAAUUCAAGAAUUUCGUGGAGAUAAUUUGAGGGCAAAAAAACAGAACAUCUGAAUUCAGAAAUAGAUUGGUUGCUCCCCAUAACCUGUACAAACAGUGUUUGACAGCAUGCAGUACAAAAACCUCUUGCUUGCCCUGGUUCUCUCGUCUGGAUUUCUCGAUGUAGUCGUCGGGGCGGAUCUGCGGACUCGCCAGAAUGGUGGCCAAGCCGCAGUCGCCGCUCAGGGCAGCAGAGGCAGCCAACGCCAAGCCGGUCAAGAUCAAGAACGCGAACGCCAGGCUGAGAAAAGCCAGGGAGGUCAGCGCCAGGCAGGGCAAGGUGGCCAGGCCGCGCAAGAUCAAGAACGCCAACGCCAACGCCAGGCUGGCCAAGUCCAGGGAGGUCAGCGUCAGGACGGACAGGGUGUCCAGGGAGGCCAAGGCCAGCAGCAAAACGGUGGAAACAACGGCGGAAAUAACCUCGGAAACAACGGGGGGAACAAUGGGGGGAACAAUGGGGGAAAAAACAGAGGGAAUGACGGUGGGAAUGACGGUGGGAAUGACGGUGGGAAUGACGGUGAGAAUGACGGUGGGGAUGACGGUGAGAAUGACGGUGGGAAUGACGGUGAGAAUGACGGUGGGAAUGACGGUGGGAAUGACGGUGAGAAUGACGGUGGGGAUGACGGUGGGAAUGACGGUGGGAAUGACGGUGGGAACAAUAAUGAACUUCUACUCAACCCCAACAACGUUCAGGAUUCCAGCAAGAACGACGGAACCGCUCAAGCAGAAGCAGGACAAGCUGCUUCCCUCACUGACGACGCCAACUUUAUCAAUUUCUGCACUGGGAAAACAUUGACCAAUGGUCUUCAACGGGAUGGCGGCUCUUGCAACGGUAUUGUUAUGGGCGAUAUCCCUUCUCGUAACAAUAUGAUUUCCUGUAUUAUUUUGAACCCGGCACCCGGUGAAGACCUCGAACCAAACGAGAGUUUCAACGUGGAUAUUCAAGUUGAAAACCUCGUGGCUGGGUCGUUCACCAAUCCCGACAUCACUUACUAUUCGGCUCCUCAGCAACUCGUGCGUGGGAAUAUCGAGGGCCACAGCCAUGUCACUAUUCAAAGCCUCGGGAAUAAUAUCAACACACAGACCCCCCCGGACCCGGACAAUUUCGUCUUCUUCAAGGGGAUCAAUGAUCCCGGUAACGGGCAAGGUGGACUCAGAGCUGAGGUUGAUGGCGGCCUCCCACCUGGUGUCUACCGUGUCUGUACUAUUAAUUCAGCCAGCAACCAUCAGCCCGUGGUCAUGCCGGUUGCUCAACGCGGCGCCCAGGAUGACUGCAUCCGUUUUACUGUUGGUCAAGGUAACAACAACAACAACAACAAUAACAGCGGCCAGAACAACGACCAAAACAAUGGCCAAAACAACCAAGGCCGCCAGAAUGGUGGUAACAAUGGCAGAGGCAAUGGCAGAGGCAAUGGCAGAGGAGGUUUCCUAGACCGAUUCCGAUUUGGUCGUACGAGGGAACGCAUGCCUUUCAGAAAGAGAACAUUCAUUGCCUGAACGGACACAUCUUCAGAUUCAACCCUGUGAUUUACGUGCUGAGAGUUAGAAACUACCCCUUACUUCAGUUCCCAGUUCCCAGUGUCCAGCCUCUGACACGCCAGGACUCUGGAGGGGGGAACAGUUGUAUCGCCAACACUGCCCUGUAUAUCUCGACAUUUUUCGUAUAUUGUGGCAUUCCUACCCCCUAACCUUUUUUCAUUAUACUUCGUAUCUAUCAGUGUUCCUUUCAUUAUACUUGUGUUUCGUUUUUUCUUGACUUUUGUCGUUUGCAGGAUGCCUAGAUAUAAAAAGGAUACAAGGACCCCGCUCUCGCUGUGCUUGGUCUGGGGAUUAGUGCGACCGAUGGUUGUUCCGUGGCCUAUUUGUGGAUGUGCUGUGUUUAAUUGAGUUCUCUGUGAUGUGGUAAGUCACCAGGGACUCGAGUCUGGAUUUUGCUAUCAGAUCUAGGAAGUAGUUGGCAUUGAUACAUGAUAUGCACAUAAAACAUACCCUUCUCAACUGACCGUCUCACCUGCGCACUGGAGCACAAAUUCCAAAUUCUAUGAAUAUCCUCCGCCCCGCGGAAGUAGUUCUCCAAUUAUCUCUGACAAUAGAUGCAUGA